AUGCAGACUCUCACCCAUCACAUGACAGUCCAUGACAGUUGCACACCACGUGACGCUCACACAUUUCUGACAAGAAAGUUGUACCCUAGUCACGUGGCUAUCCUUAUUAGCAGGAACGGCCAAUUCACAAAAAAAAAAACACCACGUGACCCGGCAGUGCGGCGCUCACACACUCACAGUCACCUGACCGUCUUGUGUAUUUGCCCGGCCAAGGCGUGGGACGCGCGCACAUCCCGGAACCAGGUGUUACACUAUACCGGAGCCAGCAGAGACCAUGUCCGCGGACGGAGAGGAGAUGGUGACAGGCACACAGGUGUCUUACAUUGGAAAAGAUUGUACUAUGAUUCCAUCAUUUCUUGCUAAAAAAUAUGGACAUCGAGCAAAAAGACUAGAUCUGAGCUUUAAUUUAUUAAGGUGGGUACAUUGGAAUAAUAAAAAGUUGGUUGGUAGUGUGGAUGCUCUGAUUAACAGACAAGGUUCUGACAGCAUUGGCUGCUGACAGGAGGCAGAGAAACUGACAAAAAGAAGUGACAGGUUCCCCGCAGAAAUGACGGCGUAUCAACAAAAUCGAAUUGCAGGAAUGAAUUCCACACAAGUUCCUCAGCCAAGGAAUAUUCCAAAUCUAAACAGACAGUUGUUUAUUUUCAGGCUGUAUCCUGUCUUUCACUCCCUGGUGACUUACAUUUUUGCCCAUAAUGUAUCAUUUUUAAAAGUAUGAUAUCUAUGGGAGGACGUAUGGUUCCUAUUACUGCUAAUUAUACCAUGCAAGUUCAGUAUGAAACAACGGAGGACUAUAGAAAGAUCUAAAAAUCAUUUCAGGUGAAGAGACAGAAAUGUAAGAUUGGAUUUAAGUUUUUAUUUUUACCAUGCUGUGACACCUGGUAAUGCUGUAGUGUAUGUCCAUGUCAUGGGUUCUUGGCUAUCUUGAGAAUAUGUAUAUGUUAUGUCUUUAUACCAUAGAUCCUAAAUAGGUACCUAGAGACAACAUAUACCGUAUUUUUCGCCGUAUAAGACACACUUUUUCUUCCCCAAAACUGGGGGGGGGGGAAAGUUGGUGCGUCUUAUAUGGCGAAUACACAUUAAAACCCUGUCCUAUCGCGGCGGUCCCUGCAGCCAUCAACGACCGGGACCCGCGGCUAAUACAGGACAUCACUGAUCGUGGUGAUGGCCUGUAUUAACCCUUCAGACGCGGCGAUCAAAGCUGACCGCCGCGUCUGAAGCGAAAGUGACACUAACCUGGCAAUACGGUAAUACUGAUUUCUGCUUUUCCCUGGUGCUGCUGGUGCAGAGGAAAUGACCAGCUCAUUGUAACUACUUACUCCCCAGUUUAAAGGGCUAGGUAUGAAAUGAUCACCUGACUAGUUCUCAUAUUAAAGUCCCUUACUUAAGAGAUUAGCACUUCAUUAAUUUACAUACUGGUGCACAAAAAAACAGGCUGAAAUAAAAAAUUAUUUUAAUGUAGAUUUUAUUACAA